AUGCCCGAAGAACCCGAUCCCAAGCAGAACGAGAUGUUCAUGGAGCGCAUGCUAUCGCGACGUUCUAGCCAGGGAGAGGCUGAUGCCAAAAAGCCCGAGGGCCUUCCGAGUCAGACGAGCCAGGACGAGAACCAGAAUCAACCCCAGCUGCGUCGCCAGCGGAGGGAUUCCAGACUCCAGAGGUUCAAGGAUAUUUUGCACAGUGAGGAGGAGCUGGAUGAGGCCGGCAAAGUUUAUGCAAAAUUGAUGUGA